AUGCCCCAACUCGCCUCUACCUACCGCGCUGCCCCCGAAGACGUCCCCACCCCUCAGUGGUUCCUCGACCACGACUUCCACCUUUCCUUCCUCCACCUACCCGGCAAUGAAAUCGCUGGAUACGGCCAGACCUCCCAACGUCAAUACGUUGGGUGGCUCCUCCUCCAACCCAGCCCAGAAUUGCGCAACGUCCUGGAAUGGCGAUUCCGGGACGUCCCGCCCGCCAGUCACGCCUGGGCCAUCUAUGGCGAGUCGGUCGUCACCCUCACCCAUCUCCGGACCCUCGACUGGGACGUCGGCGAGAUCACCGACCCGUCUGGCCAACGACGGGCCUAUGACACUGUCUCCCAGCUGCGGGCCACGACGAUCGCCAUGUCCGACCACGCUUUAGAUAUCGUUUGCGCCCCUCAUCAUCUUUUCCUCAUCGCUGACCUCGUCAACCACAUAGAGCAGGUUGACCGCGACCGCGAGCGGACCUGGCUGGAGCGCGUCAUCACCAACAACGACAGCCACGCCGCCUCACCUAUUCCCCCCACCCCGCCUCUGCCCGCCCCGGAAUGGGGGAACGCGGCUGACGUCUCCGGAUGGGGCGACACCAACGUCGACUGGAGCAACACUAACUGGGGGGACGUCCCCAUGGACGAGGCCGACAUGGAGUGGUCCUCCCCUAUACAACCUUCGCGCCGCUCUCCUCCACCCCGCGACUCCCCUUCCCCAACACUGCAGCACCUCCGCCCGAUGCCCGAUCGCCUACGCUCCGGCGCGCCCCCUCCGUCCCGUACACGCCCCUCUCCCCGCUCUCCCAGCCCCACCCCCCGCUCCCCGAGCCCCGUCAACGAGAACGAACCCCCGUUCACCAUGGUCGUCGACCCCGCGUCGCCCCUGGAGUGGCCGACCUCAACCGUCCGAACGGUCCUCGGCACCAUCAGCGGAGGCAACCUUACCGACGCCACCGACCCCGACGCCCUGUCCGCGCCCCCUGCCCCUCCAACCCCCCCGCUCCGCCAACCCAGACCCCGCACCCCCCCCUACCCCACCCCUGCUCUGGGUCCCGCCACUGUCCACUAUCGGACGCCCCUCUUCGGCUAUCCAGCAUACGGAGGGGCCCUCCUCUACGACGAGCGACUCCCGGACGGCUGGCAGAUCGGGCCGGACGAAACCCGUCACGUCGGCGGACAUCCUUGGGAGUGGCGUAUCUCGGGCCACCUCAACGGGACGGCUCUCCUUGAGGUCCAGCUCUGGAGCUACGCCUGGGACGAGCGGUGGGAGCAAAUCCCUGGCGUCGACAACGCCUACCUCAUCGGCGUCUUGGGCGACAACCUCCACCCCAGUGGACGGUUCACGGAGACCCAAUAUCUCGGGUUCCUUCGGGCGAUGAUCCAGGCACGCGACCCCGCCGCCCGCGUCACCGACCACGACGUAUGGCGAGAAGCGGCCGACAACCUCGUGGACGCCUACAACGUCCGCAACAUCCCCGUGUCGGUCCGUCAGUACCGGAACGGACGCGCCGUGCGGCUCUACGACAACAUGUCGGCGCACGACGUCCAUCGCAGCCUAUGGGGGAACUUCUACGACGACGAGAUCCUCGACGUCUCCGACUACAGCGACUCUCCUCCACCCACCCCUGCCACACCCGCCGCACCCAUCGAGGACGUCCUCCGUUCGCGCAGCCCCUCCCCCGUAUCGCCGCCCGCUGUCGUCCAUGACACCCCCUUUGACGCCAACCCUUUCCGCCCCGUCCGCCCCGCCCCUGCUAACCCUUCGUCCCGUUCACCAUCGCCCCCCGCCACCUCCUCACCCAUCGCACCGUCACCGUCCCGCACAAUCACCUUCAUUGCUGGAGGCUACUUCAGCCCGGACAACCCUGGCUUGCGCAUCGGGCUCUGGUACCCACCCGCGCCUUUGUCACCACUCACGGAGCCGGACUUGGAGUUGAACGAUCGGGAUGAUCGUGCUUAG